GCUACGCUCGGCGGGACGGGCCGAAGCGGUUGCUCGCUCGCACGCACGGACGGACUGACUAGGAUUGGGACGGACACCGACCGACAGAUAGGCCCGCAGGCCAGGCCAGACCAGGCCUUGUGUAUGGUCCGCUUACGGCGCCGGGGCCGGCUGGAGCGGGGUUGCCACCGCCAGCACGCCGCCGCCACCAGUGCCAUGUACGGCGGGUCGAGGCCGCGGCCGAGGCCCAGGCCCAGGUACCGCGGCGGCGGCGGAGGAGGAGGAGGAGGAGGAUGCGGCCCCCGCGGCUGGUACUCGGAGCCGGAGCGGGGACACCCGCCGCCGCUCGGCGUCUUCCAGGCCAACGGGCGGCUGUGGCGGGCCCAGGGCUGCCUGGGCAAGGGCUCGUCCGCCGCUGUGUACGGGGUGAGGUCGGGCACCGCCCGCGCCGCCGUCAAACAGUUCGUGCACGACACCAAGUCUGACUACGGCUUCCUCACCGAGAGCGGCGUGUUGGAGGAGCUGCAGGGACACCGCAACAUCGUGACUUUGUACGGGCGAUUUUCUAACUUCUCCUACACGAACCACCGUUGUAACUGCAUUUUGCUGGAACUGUUGGACGUCAGUGUGUCCGAGCUGCUGCUACACUCGAUCAAUCGAGGGCAUUCAAUGUGGAUGAUCCAGCACUGUGCGCGCGAUGUCCUGAAUGCCCUGGCUUUCAUUCACCACGAGGGCUACGUGCACGCAGAUCUCAAACCCUGCAACAUUCUCUGGAGCGCCGAGGAUGAAUGCUUCAAACUCAUUGACUUUGGGCUUAGCUUCCAGGAGGGAAACCAGGAUGUGAAAUACAUUCAAACGGAUGGUUACAGAGCUCCCGAAGCAGAGUUGCAUAAUAUUCUUGCACAGAUGGGUUUGGAAAGUAAUACAGAAUGCACAACAGCAGUUGAUAUUUGGAGUCUCGGAAUAAUUUUGCUGGAAAUGUACUCAGGAAUUAAACUGAAAGAGACGAUCAGAUCUCCACAAUGGAAGGCCAACAGUUCUGCUGUCAUAGAGUCAAUUUUUGCAAGUAAAGAUAUGGUAUAUUCAGCUAUCCCAGUUUAUCACCUCAGAGAUGUUAUUAAAAGUAUGCUUCAUGAUGACCCUGCACAAAGAAUCACAGCAGACUGUGCUUUAUACAAUCCCUUCUUCAGCAUUCCCUUUGCCCCCCAUAUUGAUGAUUUGGUCAUGCUCCCAACACCCGUUUUGAGACUGCUGAAUGUUAUUGAUCAUAACUAUCUUCAAAGUGAAGAAGAAUAUGAAGAUGCCGUGGAAGAUGUAAGGGAAGAAUGUCAGAAGUUUGGGCCUGUUUUGUCUCUGCUUGUCCCAAAGGAUAACCCUGGCAAAGGCCAGGUUUUUGUUGAAUUCAGAAGCGCUGGGGACUGCAAAAUAGCCCAGCAGAUGCUGACUGGAAGAAUGUUCGAUGGCAAGUUUGUUGUGGCUACGUUCUACCCUCUGUGUGCUUACAAGAGGGGAUACCUGUAUCAUACAGUAGUUACUGAUACCUAAAUUAUAAUGGGGCAUGCUACCUUUUACAAUCACCCAAGUCCUUUUUGAAAUAUUCCUCAAUACAGUAGCAUAAAGGUUACAUGUUUUGCUCUGAUUCCUUUUGUGUGUAAGAUAGCAUUGAUUUAAACAGCUAGUUUAGAGAAAGGGUUUACAAAUUUAGGGAUUCAUGCACUUAAAACUGCCGGCAAGUUAUUAACAAAAUCUAUUUUAUUACUAGAAAUUAUAGCCAACUGCUAUUGUUGAUUUGUAAAGUGCUAAUUUAACAGUUUAGCUGGCAGAGGUAUCAAAAUGCAUUCUUGAUAAUGGGGAGCAUGCUGAUGAAACCUAUUUCAUGGAUUACUAUAUCUUAAUCUAAAUAAAUCACAGAACAUUUUUGUAAAUGAUGGAAUAAAAAAAGUCUCUGUCGGUGAAGUCAUAAAGAUCCUAUUGGAAGCAUUUAGCCAUAGCAACCAUCAGCCGAUCAAAUGCAGAGAACUUGUGAUGGCUUGAUGGACUUUGAUGAGUGCAUAUCAGGAAACCGGAGAAAAUCUACUUUUUACCAUCGCAAGUGGUGCACAGAUUUGAGCACAAUCUUACAACAUUGAACAUUUCAGUAUUUUAGGUAACUAAACUACAAACAACCUUCCCCUUUUUUUUCCCCCUCUUUCCCCGUGUCCCACCUGGAUGCACCCAUUUCUCCCAUUGCUCCCUCCCCUUCCCUUCCUCCUAUACUCCUUACUUUGGCCUCACAAUUCGCAACGCAAUUAGAAAUCCUUUUGUUUUUUCAUAUUUGGCCUUUGUCCAUCUGCCUAUCAAAAUCUCUCUCACAUGUAGCCACCUAUUCCUCACCAGCUUUGUCUUGCUCCUCUCUUCCAGCUUUCUAUCCGCCCCCAUCCCCACCAUAGUCAACCUGAAGAAGGGUCCCAAAUCCAAAACGUCACCAACCCAUGUUCUCCAAAGAUGCUGCCUGACUCACUGAGCUGUUCCAUCACAUUGUGUCAAUUUAUUUCUAAAGAAUUCAUCAAUAGUUCUUUCUUGGCCUUGCUAUAUGAAAUGCUUGAAUGGUAUGUACACGGGUGUGAUGUGUUGCAGGUUUGGGGAGAAACACAAGCAGGUUCUGCACAUCCUUUCUCAGCUUUAGUUUUUUUGGUUCUCCAUGCAUGGGGAAGGCUUGACUGGUGUUGAGAGGCCUUGAGUACCGUGCCAUACAAGGACUGAACGAAGGACAAGUGAUUUAAUAGGUGAGACGCAACAAGUGUGCGGAUAAUUGAUGCCAGGCUGUCUGGCAGGACAGGGGAAGGAACCAGCAGAGUGCCGGACACACUGGACAUCUUUUUCCAGUACAUCUUUUUUAUCCCCAGCAAUAAAUCAGUGCUUCCAAAAGAGUGGGCCAUUUGCGAUCAUUGUUAGUCCAAAAAAACAAAUAGACUGCUGGUAUUCUUAGAUCACUUGAGUCUGAUUAUUUGAAAAGGAAAUACUGCUUAAAUUAUUCUAAUAAGCAAAUUUAGGUACAUUUAGUGGCAGAGUGGUACAAGAAAAUGCAUUUGUACAUAUAUGUUAGAAUCAGUGAAUGCAAUUGACUGGAAAAUCAACAUACAACAAAAAACAAAAGUAAUCAUACGUUAAACAAAAACUUCAAUUUAACUGUCACAGCACUGUUGUCUAUUUAAAAAAAUAUAUAGCUGACAUUUUGAUGUGGCAAUAUUGAAGACAUUUUAGGAAAGAUUUUUUCCACAUGGCCUUUUACAGGGUCAUCCAUCCAUUGAUCUGCAGAAACAGCUUAGAUUAUUAUAGCAGUCGACAAUAACCACAUCACUAUCACAAUGUCCCCGGCAGCUGUAAAGUAUUGCUGCGUUUAUGUUUUCUACUUGGCUGCAUUAUUCCUAAAAAUAAUCGAAUUACUGAGAUGCAGUAUAUUUCACAGAGUUGCUGAAUAUUAGCUAAUGACCAAAGACAACUUUCUAAAAUGGAGCAAAUGCAGAACAAGAGUAUAGAACCAAUUAACGGAAGCAUGGUGAUCAAGUCAGACUAAAAAACAAUCUCUGUUGGCUUAAAAAUCUUUAAAUUGUUUCUUUAGGGGUUUUCACUCGGGUACAAAAGACAAUUACAAAAAUAUUUUUAACGAAUUAACACACUUUAGUUGUACUCUACAAUCUCAAAUCACUAAAUUAAUGAACUAGCAAUUUAUCUGUGUAUUAAUGACAUUUACCAUCAGAACUCUGAAUUUAAAUGUAACUAAAUUACAUUGGUCAAAAGGAAACUCCUUUAUUUAUUCCAAGAUAUUUUAAGUUAAACCAUUUAAAAACCUGUAGUUCCCAAAGCGUAGUAAAGGAAAGGAAAGCUUCCUGAACUCUCCCAACAUUAGGAGUGUAUGCUUCCUCCAUUGUAUUCUAACAUGGAUGCACAUUUUGGUUCUAUCGAGUACAUCUACCCCUAAUUUUAUACAGAUAUCAUCUAAACUGCUCAGCUCUUGCAUUUAUUCGACAAAAGUGAGGUCUCGCAUCUUCCAGUUUCCAGUGAACUUCAAGACUAUUUAUUGGUUUAUAUCAAUGCUUAGACUCUGCCUACUAGCCAAUGGCACCUACAAAAUGGGAUACUUCUCAUGCUGAUCGUUUAUUUUGGUUAAAAUUAAUAGAUUUAAAUGAUAUAGGAUUAUUUAAAUGUUAAAAUAUUUAAGAGUCCAUUUGGAAUGGUUGCAUCUUCAAGCAUUGUGUGUUUCAAUCGUCAUUAGCUUAUGUAACUUUUCAGUAUUUUCAGAAACAAUUUAAAGAUAAAACAAAUGUUAAAAACCCCCCAUUUAAACAAGUAACUCUACAUUUCUCAUUAGCAUGACAGUAAUGUUAAAAGCGAUGAAUUCACAUCAGCUCUGAUCUCUUCUGGACAAUUGUGGAGAAGAAUUUCACCAGUACAUAUUGACGAUUCUUAUCAUACAAGGCCUAGUUUUUUUUAAAAAAAGUAUACUUUUCUGCAGUUUAGAAAAAUCACGCCUUUUUGAACGGAAUUCUGAAAGCAAAACUCUAUCUCCAGACCACAUCCCAGAACAAGAGAUUAGACAGAGUUGGUUUCAUCUUGGCGUUGCUGAUUCUGAAUGAGAGAGAAACUAUGCGGUAUUAACUCCAUUUAGCUCAUUCUGCUCCCUUCACUUUGGAGUUCUGCCCACUCGUUGAAUUGGUUCCGUGUAAAUUCAUGUCCAUGUAGAGCAAAAUAAUAUCAAAACAUAUUUUACAUGUGUCCAAAGAGAUUUUUUUCUCAGUGUAUUUCUGCAGACCGUUGACAUUGGUGCUUGGCAUUUAAAUGCUCCAGGCGUAGCGGUUUCCUUUCCACUGCUGAGCUCUACGGAGUUCAUUUAACUCAGGAUACAUUCUUGAUUGGAUCAGUCUUGCUUCAUGGAUGCAAAAUAAAUACCAUACAUUUUUAGAGGCUUGGAUGAAAUGCUGAUUUAAUCACUAUUUACCAUUUGCUAAAUUAUAAACCAGAUUACUUUAAUCCAGCAGCCCACCCGCCGUAAAAGAUUCCACUUAAGCGUGCAACAGUCACAAUUUGCACCGCAAUCCUGGGAGGGUACCAUUUUAUCGUCAUAACUUCCUGAGUUUUAUUUUAGGAAAUGCAACAGCUAGGCAACAUCAAGCUAGAGAUAGAAUGACAGACCAUCUGCUGUACAGAUUAAAAUAGCCACGAGUCCGCUGUACUAUGGGCACCAGGGCAGCUUCAUAUUUCACGUCUCUUCUCUCCAAAUCUCCUCAUCUCACAGUUUAUGUCUUUCCAUCUCUGGCCUUUGUCUAACCGCCUUCCAAUCGAGCCUCCCUUCCUUACCUGUAUCCACCUGCAAGAUCCACUCAGUUGUUCCAAGUGUCCUUUGGUGUAAACCAGCAUCUGCAGUUCCUUAUUUCGCCACCUAUCACUUGCCAGGCUUUGUCCCGACCCCACCUCUCUCUUCCAGGUUCCCCCCCCCCCACUAUAAUCAGUCUGAAGAAGAGCCCAGACCUGAAAUGUCCAAUAUCCAUGUACUCCAGAGCUGCUACCCCACCUGCCUAGUUACUCCACCACUUUGUGUCUUUUACUUUGCAAACCAGCAAUCUGCAGCCCCUUGAAUCUCAGUUUUACUGCUCUACUAUUAUAAUCAGUUUCUUUUGCAAAAAUUAUUUGAUGAGAUUAGUGUAUGUCAUUCUCAAGACACGCCAGUUGAUAUUGUGCUGAUUAUUUUUUGAAGAGUACGUAAGACUAAGACGUAAAACCCUUUCAGCCCGUUGAGUACUGCACACUUGAAUCAUGGCUGAUCUAUCCCUCUCAAUCCCAUUCUCCUGCCAUCUCCCCAUAACCCUUGCAUGGUUGGGACCUCAAAUCCAACAGCCAGUGUAUUUUAUGUCCUGGCGGUCGUGAACAAUGUGUGUAUUCUGCAAAGAGAAUGCAUGCUUGUCCCACUCUUGGUCUGUGUGCUACCCUAGCAGAAGACUUGAAUCAAAUGAAACUAAACUUGCCGUCUUAAAACAUUAGCCACAUUUCACAAUCGGGAGUGAUAAUAUCUGCCUUCCCUUGGAUAACUUGAGGUGUGGAAUCCAGUUCUUUGAUAAAUUACAAGGGAAGGGGAUGGGAUGAAAUUUUCAUGGUGUGUGUGUGUGUGUGUGUGUCGAGGACCAUUUCAAAAAGACAGUGUAAGGUACCUAGAUGGACACAAAAUGCUGGGAGUAACUCAGCGGGCCAGGCAGCAUCUCUGGAGAGAGGGAAUAGGUGAUGUUUCGGGUUGAGACCCUUGUCUGAAGAAGGUUCACGACCCGAAACGUCACCCAUUCCUUCCCUCCAGAGAUGCUGCCUGUCCCGCUGAGUCAAUCCAGCAUUUGGUGUCUAUCUUCAGUGUAAAUCAGCAUCUGCAGUUUCUUCCUACAGUGUAGGAUCCUACUUGUUCACCUUUCAAGUUCUAUUGACAUGUUCUUUUUUUUUUUAAUUGUGCACCUUGAAGUCUGAUGCGAUUGCCAGAAUUUCACGCAGUUGAUUUUGAAUACGUUUUAUGUCUUUGAUCUCGUUGCCAUCUCUGAAUAAACCUUGUUAUUCAAAAGGAUUAAAAGCAGCCAUGUAUUGAGAUUCUAGAGCCGAUCAUUGUUCAUCGGGAAUGAUUCCAAUAGAUUUUUUUUUUUUUAAACGAAGUAUUGAAACAGGAUCAUUUCCAAAACAUCUCUCAGGGUCAGUCCUCUGGAACAUACCCACCCCUCAAAUGCACAAUCGCGGGUCGUACAGUUCGGCCCAACUCGUCCAUGCCAGCCAAGGUGCCCAGUCUACGCUAGUCCCAUUUUGUUUAGUCGUGGGCAAAACCCUUGUGAUUGAGCAAAGGUAAUUCCAGUGAGUAUUUUGCGUUUUUUAAAGUCUGACAUAUGCUGUUCGGAUAUGGAUAACACCAUUUUAGUAUAGGAUUCGAGCGACGAUUUAGUUCAGUUUCCAUGUCAGAUCACGGUAUUCAGAAUGCAUUCUGUAUGGCUUGUGCAAGUUGUAACCACUCACAUUGUUACUGCGUUUCUUUUUAUAUGCCAUUUUCAACUUUCACUGUGUCUGAUUUGAUCUUGUUCAAGUCAGUUCAACCAUGACAUGGCCGAUGGAAUGAAUUUAUGCAUAAAACAGAAAAGAAAUUGUUGUUUUUUAUUGAACCGUUCUGUUGUCAAAAUAUUAUAAACUUUUAUACACUAGUAAAUGUUGAUUCUGGAUAUAA